CUUGUUUUAGACUUUGAGGCAACAUGUGACCAGGAUAUAAUUCAGCCACAGGAAAUAAUUGAGUUCCCAGUGUUGAAAAUAAAUGCAAGCUCAUUUGAAACAGAAUUAAUUUUCCAUGAGUUUAUAAAACCCUUUCACAACCCAAAGCUGACAGACUUUUGCAUAAGACUAACGACUAUUUCACAAGCUGAGGUGGACAAUGGCAAGCCAUUUCGCACAGUGAUGCACUUGUUUGACACUUGGAUCAAGGAGGAAGUUGGUCUAGACAAAAACUUCCUCUUUGUCACAUGUGGUCAAAGAGAACAUCCAGAAAUUACCAGUAAAGAUUUAGAUAGCCUGUGA